AUGGAAGACGACCACAAUGGCAAGCCUAUAGAAAUUCCAUCGAGGGGACGGCCUCGCAAACGGGAUGUGGAAUCCUUUCUACACCUUACCCAGUCUCAAAAUGAUUUUGGAAACAAAAGCAAGUAUGGGCAUCAUCAGUUUAUAAAUCAGGGCGAUCAAGCAUCUCUAAGUGAGUUUCAAAGGCUACAAAACUCCAUAUCUAGUGAAUAUCACCAGAGAGACAUCGCCAACGGCUCUCCAAAUAGCCUAACCAGCUUUCUCGAAUUCAAUAGGCCGUUUUCCAGAACGAAAGAUUUUUCUUCUAACGAAGUUUGUAGUACCGGAAUUGGCCCGAGCGGUGUGCAAAAUGUACAGGGAAUAGAGACCUACGGGUCCAAUGAAUUAGGUCACAUUGAAGACAUUGCGGGAAGUCCCAUCGACAAGGACUCCUCGUACUCCAAUAGAAGAAGUGCAGGUGAGCAGAACGUCACAAAGCGCCCAUCCUUUCUUCAGGAAUUCAAGACGGAGGCUUGCAGUCCUCAAGAUGGUAAUUUUUCAGAAAUGAGCAGAAGACUCUUCCGAGAAGACAUGUUCAGUAGUCCCGCGCAGCCUGGUCCACAUGCCUCAUGGGGGUUUCAGCAGGACUUCACUAAGGCCAAAGAAGACUACGACAGGCAUGAGUCUCUGAAGAAAAGUAUUCAAGAAGGAAGACCCCAUGAGGAUUCAACACAUACCCUGUAUCCUGAAGGACAGGGAAUCGAAGAGCUCAACCAGAGAUUUCGUAAUGGGCACUUUCAAAUGAGGAUGGGGGUUGAUCCCUACUAUGAGGGGUCUCCCGGAAACGAGCGCCACUCUUUUUACGAAAGAAGAGCAAGUCCCUAUGCGCCCAACGAAAUUUCUAGAAUACACAUUCCAGAAGGGCAUAGAAGCUACCCAUAUGCCGGCGGCGGAUUUCCUUCAUCUCAGAUGUUCAUCGAUCGCGAAUUUAAUCAAGAGCAGGCUUCCCAUGUAAAUAAUCAGAAAGUGCCUGGAAACACGGAAGGAAUAGACUAUGAUAGAAGGAUGAUGGCUUCGUUAUUCCCGGGAGGGCCUACCUUUAGGACACACUUUCAGCAGAGAUACAUGGACACACCAGCACAAGGUAAUAUAUGGAUGAAUAGAAAGAAAAGAAAAAGCAAUCCUCUUUUGUGGCAGUAUAUAAAAAGCAAUCAAGGAAUACACCCUGGAAUUGUCCAUCCAUCAAAAUAUUCAAGCCUAGACUUUAUUCAGGGCGUAGAUGACAGUCAGAAAAUGUAUCUUGGUGCAAUGAGGAAGAGCCCUCCCGAAAGGAGCAAUGGGAACUCUAUAUUCCCACUGUUCCUUAAUUCCAAUAAGGGUGUCACCGACGAGUUCAAGGAGGUUGUGCAGAACUUUAGGAACUCAAUAAACGAACUCGAUUUCAACAACGUCACAGUCCAGCAGCUCAAGAGUCUUAUGAAGGAAUUUGGGCUGAACCACACUGGUAAGAAAAACGAGCUCAUCGAAAGGCUUCGAGACAUCCUCAAGAAGAUAGAUGGGAAGGAAGUCCAUAAGCCUGAGGAGCAGAUCCAAGAAAAAACAAAGGAGGCUGAUGACUUUGAAUUCUAUUUCUUCUAG